GCCGUAGUGACCACCAGCGGACGGACACUCUCGUUUUCGUUUUCAAAACAAUCCAGCUUUUCACAGUUAGCUAUGUUUCACGUUACACAAACUUCUGGCAUGGAUUGGUAACGUAAAUCAAUAUGUUGAUAUGUUACAAGAUAAACGAUGGCAGUGUUUGCCGUACGGGAUUAGCUUUCUCUUUCUUAGAAUAAUUUAGCUAGACAGCUAAUGUUAGAAGCUAGUCACGCAUAGAUUCUGCUAGCUGCAUUUUAUUAGCAGUAGCAAACGUAAUCAGUGUUAUUCAAACUAUGUGUUGAGAGGUCACAACACUACAUAUAUCAUUAAAGUAAUAGAAUAGCUCUGGCGUUAACUGACAUUAAAUGAGGUGACGUUAUCGGAUCCACAAUAAUUAGCUGGAUCACGCCUAACGGUAGCUGGUAGCUUGUAGCUAGCGCUCCUCGUUACACAUAAAUCAUCUUUUUUUUAUUUAUUUUUUAUUCACAAUAACAAUUUACAAUACAUACAGUAUUUGCCAGGGGGUUACAGAAAGAAACACACCCAAAAUCAGACAAACAUCAAUUCCAAAACAGAGAUCCAAAAUAAACACAGGGUAGGAAACAGAGACAAAACAAAAAAAAUAAAAUAAAUAUAAACAUAAAUCAUCUUUGUGAAUUGAGCAACGCAGGAAAGUGGCGAUAGGAUGUGACAAGGAUGGGCAAAGCUCGUUGCGAACCGAUGUCUCAACAGUGUUUAUUGCUCAAGAGGAUCAUUUCCACUUUAUAGUAGUGGGGGAAGCUGUUAAUAAGCAUCAGAGAGAUAUUUGGGCUCUUCUACCUGUAACAUGCCGGGGAUCGUGGUGUUUGGACGGCGGUGGGGGAUCGCCAGUGACGACCUUGUCUUCCCGGGAUGUGUUGAACUCUUCUUCCGUAUACUCUGGUGGAUUGGCAUCAUGAUCCUGUUCACUUAUCACCAGGGUAAUUUUGAUUGUAAUGGGAGAGGAGUACUUCACAGCUAUCUGGUUGGACUGUUGGUUGUGCUGGCGCUCAUCAUCCUGUCACUGUGUGCUAUUAUCUACGUCAGUGCCCAAGGUACCAUUACAAACCCCGGCCCACGGCGCUCCAUCCCUGCCCUGGUCUACCUGCGAGCUCUCCUCUACCUCCCUGAGCUGGUGUGGGCCUGUCUGGGAGCUUUCUGGGUGUCUGAUGACAGCCAGGGCUGCGAUCCUGCCACAGUGGGUGCUGUCAUCGCAGCAGUGAUCGCCAGCUGGAUCAUCCUGCUGUUCACUGCGUUGGGCGUGGUGUUCACCUUUGACCCGCUGGGCAACCCCCGUCCUCCGCCCACUGCCAUGGAGCCACUGGGAGUCAGAGAGAUGGAGAGCAGCGAGGGCACCCAGUUCCUCUCCACAGCCCGCUCCCUGGCUGUUAAGGUGUGGGAGAGCAGGCUGCGGCUCCUGUGCUGCUGUCUGCCGCAGGACGAAAGUCACCAAGCAGCAUUCUCCAGCAUCUCACAGCUCGUCAGCGGAUUCUUCUCUGACACAGACCUGGUCCCCAGUGACAUAGCAGCUGGUUUGGCUUUGCUGCACCAGGAGCAGGAUAAGAUGGAGCAAAGUAGAGACCCAGAAGUCAUGGUCGAUCACAGCCCUUCCUCUCCCCUCGGAGAAGAUCUGGAGACAGAGCUGGAGAAAGCAGCUCACUGUAUGCAGUUUGCUGCAGCAGCCUAUGGGUGGCCAUUGUACGUUUACUCCAACCUCUUUACUGGGCCCUGCAAACUCAGUGGAGACUGCUGUAGAAGUCAUGCAGCUGAGUAUGACAUCGUUGGAGGGGACCACCUUGGCUGUCAUUUUUCAUCCAUCCUGCAGAGCACUGGUCUGCAGUACAGAGACUUCAUCCAUGUCAGCUUCCACAACCAGAUCUAUGAGAUCCCAUUCUUUGUUGCUCUGGAUCAUAAAAGAGAGGCUGUUCUUGUGGCAGUCAGAGGAACACUGUCACUGAGGGAUGUCCUCACAGACCUGUCUGCUGAAUGUGAGAACCUGCCAAUAGAAGGAGUCUCUGGAGCGUGCUACGCUCAUAAGGGCAUGUGCCAGGCGGCAGGUUACAUCUACAAAAAGCUGAUGAAUGACGGCAUCCUGAACCAGGCUUUCUCCAUCGCACCGGAGUAUAAACUCGUCAUCACUGGUCACAGUCUGGGUGCUGGCACAGCUUCACUGCUCGCUAUCCUCUUACGCAACUCCUUCCCCACCCUGCAGUGCUACUCCUUCUCUCCACCAGGGGGCCUCCUGAGUAAAGCCUUAGCUGAUUACUCCAAGGACUUUGUGGUCUCUGUUGUGCUGGGAAAGGAUCUGGUUCCAAGACUGAGUAUUCCCAAUAUGGAGGACCUGAAGAAAAGGAUCCUUAAAAUAGUUUCUAACUGCAAUAAACCCAAGUACCGCAUCCUGCUGCGCGGAUGUUGGUACGAGCUCUUCGGAGGAGACCCGGAUGACUUCCCCACUGAGAUGGACAACAGGAGGGAGGAGCAGCUUAGCCAGCCACUGUUGGGGGAGGAGUCCCUGAUAAUUCGCCACUCAUCAUCCUAUCAGAGCCUGGCAUCAGAUGACUCGCCCGCCCACACCGCUCCCCACUUACCUCUCUUCCUGCCUGGACGCGUCCUGCACAUCACAGAGGAUGGGCCGUCACGGAGAUCCUGUUUUUCCCAGGUCCGGUACCGUGCAGACUGGUCCAAUGAAAUGGCGUUCAGGAGUAUUUUGAUCAGUCCGAGGAUGCUUUCAGAUCACAUGCCCGACAUUUUGCUCAAAGCACUGAAAAGCCUGACCAGUGACAAGCCCUUCUCCCUCUGUCCGUCGUCCUUAAACAACAGCCAGCACAACACUAUCUGAAUGUGUCAUAGAAGCCCACUUCUAUUUGUAUGUUUGUUUUUCUCCACACCUGAUCCCGUUCAGAUUCUCCAUGCUCUUUAUUUUGCAUCUCGUUUGCAGGCCUGAUCCUAAAGCCCCUUUCUAAUAAAGAUGUUGAGGACACGGAUUGUAAUGUUAAAGGAAUACAUGAAACCAUAGAGCUCAAUUAAUUAACUUGAUCAGUUGACAUGUUGAGGGCAUGAGUACUUUUUGAAACUGCACUUUUAAUUAUUUAAUUCAAACCACUUUUAUUUGUUUUAUUUGAACUCUGAGUUACUCCAUGAGCAACUUUAUGCUAUGAUCUUUGAAUGUGCAUUGUGUACAAUAUAUGACCGAGUGCUGCAGUUUUACUGUGAUGUCAAUGUUCUACAUUUUCUGUUUGAGUGAGUGAGAGCUGUCUGCCUGGCAGAGGCUGCCCCCGUCUCAUAGAUGCUGUCUUCCUUCUCUGUGGGGACGACUGAAGAGCAGUCUGAUCCACCAUGUGAGGAUAAAGAGGUAUUUUUUACCUCAAAAUAUGGACUGAGGCAUCGUGUCUUCAUUGUAUAGUAAUUGUGAUUAGUCGUCUUGUGUUUAUUGUCUUGACAACAUCAGGGUGAACAGUGCCUAUGCAUUACAGAAAAAUAAGUAAACAGUUGUUUUACAGGAAAA